UCAAACUCAUCUCUGCAUAUUAACACCAACACACACUCAAUAGAGCUAUAAUACUCCACUACAUAUGGGUCAGAGAUUCCAUCAAGCACCUCUGUGGUUAGUUGAGGAACCUUAACUCUUACUUGGUUUCUGAUCACAGCAUUUUGAGGCAGUAGUAGCAAGUGGUAAACUUUCCUGCUCCAAUACAUGUUUACUUUGGAGACUGAUGUGUCUAAACGAUGCAUCAGUCAAUAGAAUGAAGACAGAGAUGGAACAAACCUGUAACAGUGAGCUGACGAGCAGCAGAAACCACCUGAGAUACAUCAUACAUAUAAAGCUAUUUCCAUAGAUUCAGACCAAAGCUCAAAACGUUUAGCAAAAUAACAAAUAUACCCCUUAUUUAUUUUUAUUUUGUCGACGCCCCUUAUUUAUUUAUAUUUUACGUUCUAACCCAUAAGGUUUAGUUUAUAGUAUUGAAAUUCUCAAAGAAGCCCCUAUAUUUGUUGUCUGUUUUAUUUCUCAACCCGAAGAAUGUAGUGGCUGCGACGAGAACUUCACCUUAGAAGCUUGAACCCUAAACCCCUCUCGCGAUCCAGAUCCAGCUUCAGAAUCCGACCUCGUUCGGUGCCUUGGCAAGAGACAUGAGAUGGCUGAGAUAUCUAAACCAAUGGCGUGGAACAGCGAAGGAAGCGUUGGAGCAAGUAUCAAUCGUCGCCAAGUUUCUCUGUUUGAUCCACGUCACCGAUCGUUACAUAAUCUCAUCCACUCACGUUCAAGGUCCUAGCAUGCUUCCGACGCUUAACCUCACCGGCGAUGUCAUCUUAGCUGAACAUUUAUCGCACCGGUUCGGUAAGAUCGGUCUCGGCGACAUUGUGUUGGUUCGGUCUCCGACAGAUCCAACGAGGAUGGUGACAAAGCGGAUAUUGGGUUUAGAAGGGCAUAGACUCUCUUUCUCUGCUGACCCUUUGGUCGGUGAUGGCUCAGUCAGCGUUGUGGUUCCAAAAGGACAUGUUUGGAUUCAGGGGGAUAACUUGUAUGCUUCAACUGAUUCACGUAAUUUUGGACCUGUACCUUACAGUCUCAUCGAAGGAAAAGCUCUUCUACGGGUCUGGCCACCACGAUUCUUCGGGUCAUUGAGGUGACGAUCAUACACUUUCCGAAUGAACUCAUUUGAGUAGUGUAAUGUAUCAUCCAGAUUUCGAUAAAAUCACAAAAGUGGGAUAAGCAUUUUUGCUCGGUUUCUUUAUUGGCAAUAUUAGAGAAAGCCAUGGACCUUGACGUUGUUUUAUAGCUGAAGCUACCUUUAAUGUUAAGAGAGAUUUGGGUUUGUUAAUUGGGUAUUGAGCAAAGUUUUAGAUA